AUGCCAAACCUCCCAGGUUCCUCUAAGCCGCCCUCCGCAUCGAGCUCGAAACCCUCGUCCAUUAAGUCACAGGAUGGCGUCAAGAAAUCUCCCGGUUUGACACCGCAAAACGGCACUGGCCCUAAUGGCACUCCUAGCGACACUCAUUUGAAGCCCCCGGACAAGUCAUCAGUCAAGAAUCGUCUCACCCGCAUGUUCUCGUCCAAGGACCCUUCUCGAGUUCCAACCCCCGCCCCCUCCUCGGUCGAUCUUCCUAACCGUCCGCGGGCUUCAUCAACGAAUGGCACCUCAACCCCCGCUGGAAAGACCUCGUCCGCCGAGAAGGGUGCUGAGAAGUCUACGACCAAGUCAACCGAAAAGCCGACGUCGACACCAAAAACAACCAAGCCCUCAAGUAGCAAGGAACAACUUCAACGAUUCGUUCUCGACACCGAGUUCCAAGGAGGGCAUGAGCAUCACCUCAGGUCUAGUAGACGCCAGGAGAAGUUGACAGACAUGUGGAGAACGUUUCUUCGCAAAAAGCAAGACGCUCCCGAUCACGACCUUUCCCUCGUCUCAAAUUGGGUGGACACUCUACAACAGGAGAAAGAAGAGGCCGGUGACAAAAAGGGCGGGCCCAACGCAACAACAACCCUGGUUGAAAAGUACGGAAAAUGUCAAGAGGUUGUCGGACGUGGGGCUUUCGGCAUUGUUCGGAUUUCCCACAAGAAGGUCGGUGGCAGUGGCGAGAAGCUCUUUGCUGUCAAGGAAUUUCGACGGAGACCCGAAGAAACCGAAAAGAAGUAUAGCAAGCGACUGACGGCCGAGUUCUGCAUCUCAUCAUCGCUCCGCCACCCCAACGUUAUUCACACCCUGGAUCUCCUCAAGGAUGCCAAGGGAGAUUACUGCGAAGUCAUGGAGUUCUGUGCCGGAGGUGACCUGUACACCCUUGUCCUAUCGAGUGGCAAGCUCGAGGUGCAAGAGGCCGACUGCUUUUUCAAGCAAAUGAUGCGAGGUGUUGAAUACCUGCACGAGAUGGGUGUAGCGCACCGUGACCUCAAGCCAGAAAACCUCCUCCUGACGACGCGUGGUGCUCUCAAGAUUACUGAUUUCGGUAACGGAGAAUGCUUCCGCAUGGCGUGGGAGACGGAUGCGCACAUGGUUUCUGGCCUUUGCGGCUCGGCUCCUUAUAUUGCCCCCGAAGAGUACACAGACAAGGAGUUUGAUGCCCGAGCAGUUGACGUGUGGGCUUGCGGUGUUAUUUACAUGGCAAUGCGCACUGGUCGUCACCUCUGGCGACUUGCCAAGAAGGAUGACGACGAAUUCUAUGCCCGCUAUCUUGAAGGUCGCCGAGAUGAAGAGGGUUACGGCCCUAUCGAGUCCCUUCAUCGGGCUCGUUGUCGUAAUGUCAUCUACUCGGUUCUUGACCCCCACCCGACUCGCCGCUUGACAGCCGCCCAGGUCCUUAAGUCAGAAUGGGUUCGCGAGAUCAAGCUCUGCAAGGCUGGCGAGGAGGGUCUGUAAGGGGAUAGUUUGUGUUGAUGAUCCUAGAGCUAAAGCCACGACACAAUAGCUUGGCCAAGGGGUUUAUCAACACACGUGCCUUUUGUUAUUCAAGAGAGCACCCAGAUGGAAUACCAAUCUCUCACGAGGCGGAAUGGGUAGGCUGUGACGUCCACUGGCGUCACCUCCCGGCUGACGAUUCGAUGACCUAUCGUUUGGAUUAUUUCCUAUGUCAUUUGAUACUGAGCACUGGUGUUGGGCGCAUGUGUAAACAGACAUGAAGUCUUUUGUUUUUGGAGCGUAUCAUGCGUGGGCAGAUGGGAUGGGAUGGGACGGGACGGGAUUUUUCUUACUCUCUCUUUCCCCUAUUCAAAGGAUGGAGAAGGGCGGCAGGAAUUGGUUACCUAUGCCCUGGAAUCGGGCCGGCGAUAUAGGGAGGUUCACGAUGUUGACAGACAUACAUUUUUUCAUUUUCCAAAGCGAGGCAGAACAGGACAGAACACACACACAAUGGACAUGAUGAAGGGCUUUGCUGCAGAUUCUGGGAGGAGCCCCAAACAAGGAUGGAAGCUAUGAAUCGAUCGAGGAAUUGAUCAAGCGUGG